AAAUAGAUUUGAGGCCGAUGCACAAUGAAUAUCAAUAUUAUCGACGAGGAGAAUCAUCAGAAGCUGCGCGAUUACAUAUUAAACCCAGAUAUAUCCAUUCAUGAUCCACUGCCCGAUGUGUUGCCGCGCAAAUUCAAUGAGAUGCGCCUGUUGCACAUUCCCAAAUGUUCCGGCAGCACCAAGCUGAUUCCACGUAGGGAUUGGGUUACAGGGGAAAUUGCAGAGUUUGUUGAAGUCGCAGUGGAGGAGGUGGGCGCCAAUGCUAACAACUCCAUGUCCAUGCAGCGAGAACCGGGUCUGCUGGAAGAGAUAACGCGCGGCUCCCACAUGAACUAUCCCUUCUGGCCGGGAGGCUUUGCCAUGGAUCAGCCCACAGAGCUAGCCCAGCUAGAGGUGGACAACUUUCAAUUGGGUGACAAGCUGCUAACAGUGCCGCCUGGCUUUGCCAGCGGUCACGACUUCUCGCUGGCCAAAACGAAGCCCGAGGAGGAGAGUGUUCCCGCCACCAGCAAUGUAGAUCUGCUCGAGAAUUUGCAGGAAGAUCUCGAUGUGCAGCAGUGGCUGCAGAUUACGCGCAGCGACAGCCAAAACGAUUCAACAAAAGCUACACAACGGGAUCUGCAGUUUUCGGCCGAAUUCCAAGAUGUGGACGAUGAGAUUAUGAAUGCGGAUCUGAAACCAGUGCUGAACAUAUCGACGACGGCGAAAACCUUUAGCAGCGACUGGGCAGAGAUGGUGGACAUUAGCCAGCCGAUUACCAACUUCAAGGAGCAGAUACCCAGCCCAGCCAUGGAGUUUCCCUUCGAGCUCGACGAGUUCCAGAAGCAGGCCAUACUCAAGCUGGAGCAGCGCCAAUAUGUCUUCGUCGCGGCCCACACGUCGGCGGGCAAGACUGUGGUGGCGGAGUAUGCCAUUGCGCUGUCAAAGCGGGAUCUGACCCGCACCAUUUACACGUCGCCGAUCAAGGCACUGUCCAAUCAAAAGUAUCGCGACUUUCGCAAAACGUUCAAGGAUGUGGGCUUACUCACGGGCGAUCUGCAGAUCGAACCGACAGCCUCGUGCCUAAUCAUGACCACCGAAAUUCUGCGCUCCAUGCUUUUCUGUGGCAGCGAUAUAACCCGUGAUCUGGAGUACGUCAUCUUCGAUGAGGUGCACUAUAUUAACAAUCCGGAGCGCGGUCAUGUCUGGGAGGAGGUCAUCAUACUACUGCCCGAUCAUGUCAACAUUAUCAUGUUGAGCGCCACCGUACCGAACACCAUGGAGCUGGCCGAUUGGGUGGGCAGCACCAAGAAGCGCAAGGUGUAUGUGAUCAGCACACUGAAGCGUCCGGUGCCACUGAUGCAUUACCUCUACACUGGCGCGGGGGGCAAGAGUCGAGAUGACAUAUUUCUGCUGGUUGAUGCCCAGGGUAAAUAUCUGCAGGGCAACUACGAGAAAGCCGUGGAGCGCAAAAAGGAGAUGCAGGGCAAAUCGAAGGGGGGCGGACCCAAGAACUAUGUCAGCGGCAAGCAGGAUCAGAGCACUUGGAUUGGCAUGAUCGAUUUUCUCAAGCGCAACAACAAGAUGCCCGUGGUGGCCUUCACCCUAUCCCGCAAUCGUUGCGAUGCCAAUGUGGCUGCCUUGCAGUCCGUCGAUCUCAAUACGGAGAAGGAGAAGGGCGCCGUGCAGAAGUUCUUUCUGCAGUGUCUGGCGAAAUUGAAGCCGCCGGAUCGCACUAUUCCCCAAGUGAUGACGUUGAAGGACGCACUAGAGCGUGGCAUCGGGGUGCAUCACAGCGGCAUUUUGCCCAUACUCAAGGAGAUUGUCGAGAUGCUUUUCCAGAACGGACUCGUUAAACUGCUCUUUGCCACCGAAACCUUCGCCAUGGGCGUCAACAUGCCCGCCCGCACCGUCAUCUUUGAUUCGUACAAGAAGUUCGAUGGCAUCGAAAUGCGCAUUCUGAAGCCGGGCGAGUACAUACAGAUGGCGGGGCGAGCAGGAAGGCGUGGCCAUGAUGAGAACGGCACGGUUAUACUCAUGUGCAAGGCGAGCGUGCCGCCAUCGAUGGAACUGCGUCCCAUGAUCCUUGGCCUGCCCGAGAAGCUGCAAUCGCAAUUCAUUCUACGUUACGCCGUUAUCUUGAUCUGCCUGCGCAUCGAGAGCAUUAAGGUGGAGGACAUUAUGAAGUUCAGCUUCAAGGAAUUCAAUCUGAAACUACAGCUGCCCACGCAACAGAAGCAGCUCCAACUGGCCGAGGAUAAGUUCGCAAUGCUUCCCACACUGGGUAAGCAUCUGGAGCCGCUGAUCUACUUCUGCGACAAGUCCGUGGAGUACUGGAAGGAAAAGCAUCGUAUUAUGAAAUUCAUCGUAACUCAGGCGAAAAUCCAAAAGGAAUUGAAAGUUGGUCGCAUCAUUGUUAUCACGCAAGGCAAGCACUACAACAAGCUGGCCAUUUUGCUCAAUGUGAAGUCCGUGCUGGGCAAGGACACCAUCUACAAGGUGCUGGUGCUGGACCAUCAGUUCAAGAGCAGCGAUAGCGACAUUGUGGAUCGUGGCGAGUUCUAUUACAAAAUACUCUCUUUGACGCCACAGAAUAAGUUCUUCCAGCCGGAAGGCAUUGGCGGACACACGGUGCUCGAUAUCAAAGCAAUCGAUAUAAUCAACAUUACCAAGUCGACAAUUAAGCUGGAUGCCGAUGUCAUCAUACGCAACUGGGAGCAGCGACAGUUGGAGCGCUUCAAGGAUAGCCCGCCCGGUGCAACCGUCGUAAAGGCCGUCACGGAGUUGCAUCAACUAAAUGAGGCGUACAAUGCCAAUCCGGAUAGCAUUAAGUAUAUCAACAUGUCCAAGGAGAUCAAUGUUAAAGCAGAUAGUGAAGUGGCCAUGCUGCACUAUGUGGAUCAUCUGAAACGACAGCUGGAUGAUGUCCUGCCGCACACCAAUAUUGCCGGCUUUGAGCAGGAGUUUGCCAAGGUCUAUGAGCGACGUGUGCUCGAGAUUCAUAUCGAGGAGCUGAAAUUCAAGAACUCUGCAAAGAAUUUAACACUAUAUCCGGAUUACUGCAACAAGCUGCAAGUGUUGCGCGCUUUGAACUACAUCGAUGAGCUGAACGAGGUGACGCUCAAGGGGAAGGUGGCCUGUGAGAUGGGCCAGAACGAGCUGCUGAUCACCGAGCUGAUACUCUGCAAUAUGUUCAACGAUCUGGAGCCGGCGGAAAUAGCUGCGCUGUUAUCCGGUCUGGUGUUCCAGGCCAAAAUUCAGGGCGAGCCCUUCAUCCCAGAGCCGCUGAAGAAGUGUGUUGCCGCCUUCGAGCAAAUCAAUGAUACCAUCUUGGCCGAGGAGCAACGCUGCCAAGCAUCAAUUCAGGCUGAGAGUAACCUUAACUUUGGACUGCUCGAAGUCGUCUAUGAGUGGGCCAAGAACAAGCCCUUUGCCGAGAUCAUGAAGCUGACCGAGGUGCAGGAAGGCAUCAUAGUGCGCUGCAUACAACAGUUGGAUGAAACACUACGCGAUGUCAAAACUGCGGCCAUACGCAUUGGCAAUCCGGGCUUGCAGUCCAAAAUGGAAGAGGCCUCCGCGGCCAUAAAGCGUGAUAUCGUCUUUACAGCCAGUUUGUACACGGAAAUAUGAAGCGCCGAGCUAAAUGUAAUGAAAUGAAAGAAAAAAGCUAGUUUGGUUUUUGGCUUAAACUACAAA